CAGUUUAUUAACCACAACAGCGUCCACUAUUCCUUGGACAGGGACUCCCCAGGAUACCCAAUGACCAUUAAGUCGGUGACAUUUGAUGACGAAGCAAUGUACUGGUGUGAAAUUUACACUCGGAGUCCAUUCCAAAACCACAUAGCCACCAAGGACAUGCGCGUAAGAGGUCCCCCUGCAACCCCUGUGAUCAUUGGAGGCGCAGCAAUGAUUGAAGAUGCUCCAACUAUACUGACGUGUACAGCAGACAUGGGAUAUCCUGAUGACUGGACUUUAGUUUGGUCCAAUGGAGGCUCACCUAUAACUGGUACCAAUACGAGCUCGUCUGCAGCAGGUAGCCGCUUCAAUUUUACCAGCAUUUUGAACUUGACUCCGAGAAAGGAAGAUAGUGGAAACAACAUAACGUGUGCUGCACAGAGAGCUUCGUGGACGGUUAGCCCUCAAGGAACGCUGGGACCUAUCGACGUACGAUAUGUUCCUGUAUUUUUAGCAGUGUCAUCACCCGCAAACCCUGUUUUUGAAGGACGCUAUGUGUCAAUGUCCUGUUUGGUAGAUGCCAACCCAAGACCCGAUGACAUCAUUUGGGAGAAGCAAGGUCCUGGUAUUGCACCAAGUUAUGAUAUGUCCGUGUACAAUGACAUUAGUAUGGCCAGUGUACUGACUCUUGGUAGAAUAACAAGGGAGCAGUCUGGGUACUACUCCUGUAGAACCAACAACGGUGUACCUACCGACGAUCCCAGUAGUGAUGUGGUCUCAACUAAAGUCCCUGUUAUUGUGCAGUACGAGGUCAACAUCACCAAUAAAGCAAUGAUCGAAGUAGGAGUCAACGAUGGCGAUGAUGCUGUCUUGACCUGCGUCGCUGUGGGCAAUCCUCGGCCAGUCAUGGAGUGGUAUGGUCUAAACAACACGGAUAUAACUACUGAUUCUCAGGACGGAAAAUUCCUUGUUACAAAUGAGAUAUCUGGUGGAGACGGAAUGUUUGCACUCGAAGUCACCAGCACGUUAACCAUCAACGCCGUAGAUUCCGGAGUUGAUUACGGGGUGUACACCUGCAACAGUUCGAAUGGCAUCGGAAGAAUAAACUCACUGACCAUCACACUUACUGGAAUAAAACGACCAGACAAGCCUACUAGUGUUGAGAUAACCGAGAGGACGGCAGAGUUUCUGACUGUGACAUGGACCGCGGGCUAUGAUGGCGGUGAGACUCCGUCGUUCCGUGUCAGCUGCAUCAAGACAUCAGACUCCACAGAGGUAUUCACUGAAGAGACAGGUGGGAAGACAACAUCCACAGCGACGGGUCUGGAUGACUACACAGAGUAUGAGAUCAGGGUGUAUGCCAAGAAUUCCAUUGGUGAAAGCAUUGGAUAUGGCAACACAAUGGGAUAUACACUGCCAAGCCCGCCCUCACCGGAAACAGGGAUCGUCAUCGAGUUUAAUACGGAUUCUGGUUCCAUGAAAGUCGAGUGGUUGAAGGAGGAGAAUGGAUGCAUCCAGCUGGAAGUCCAAUACCAAGGCAACGACACCUGGCAGGAGUGUGGAGAUUGCAUUGAGUCUGAUCAGACAGUGACGCUCUCUGAAUGGUGUGCGUCAUCACAGAGGCGAAGAAGACGAGCUGUAGGGGACAUUGAAGCCGUCCGCGCCAGACUUUGCAUUGGUGGCUUGUGUAGUCAACCAACGGAUGUUAGGAAAGUGAAAGAUCCGCCUGCACCCGACAUGCCUGGUGACAAUCCUGGGAUCAGUGUCGGUGUCAUUGUCGGUGUCAUCAUCGGACUUUUCGUGUUAAUUGCCAUCGUCGUGCUCGGAGUCUUCGCAAAGAGGAACUUUGGAAAUCACGGCAAAGAGGACAGAGAGACCGUGGAUUUGUCAAUGACAGACGUGCAACGUCAUUCCACAAUUCCACAAUCCGACGCACAGUCACCCUACCAAGAAAUAACGGAAUUAGCCAUCAUUAGUCGGCCAACCAAUCAGGAACCAGAAAGGGUGGAUUAUGCAAAUGUCCCAACUGCACAUAAGUCAGUCCCACGUGAUCAGCUGAAGAUUAUCAAAGAGCUCGGACAUGGCAACUUCGGUCUUGUGCUUCUAGCUGAAGCCUCGGGGAUGACACUGGGGUCAAAGGUCACACUGGUUGCUGUUAAGACACUUAAAGAGGGAGCCGGCCAGAGCGAUAAGGCUGACAUGAUGAGGGAGCUAGACCUGAUGAAGAAGUUACCAGACCAUUGUAAUGUAGUCAGGCUCCUUGGGUUUUGUGUAGAGGAAGACCCGCCAUAUAUCAUCGUGGAAUAUCUGUCUAGAGGCAACCUGAAAGACCUUCUUAAAGACAGUCGUAGUAAGGGAGGGCGUGUCUAUGGCAACCUGCAUGGUAUCAGUAAGUCACUUACCUCCAAGGAUCUGAUGAAGUUUGCUAAAGAUGUUGCUGAUGGAAUGGCUUUCAUCUCAUCUCAACAGUGCAUUCACAGGGACCUUGCUGCCCGUAACGUGCUUGUAGCUGAGGACAUGACGUGUAAGGUGUCUGAUUUCGGACUCGCUCGUGACGUCAUGAACAUCCGAGUAUAUGAACGAAGGUCAGAGGGUCCCCUACCCAUGCGCUGGAUGGCUCUAGAGUCUAUUUUGGAUGACGUGUACACAGCGGAGAGUGACGUAUGGUCUUAUGGCGUACUUCUGUGGGAGAUAGUUACUCUAGGUGCUCGUCCAUACCCCGCUAUGACAGCGAAUGUGAUGAUUGGUAAGCUUCAGUCUGGCUACCGUAUGCCCAAACCACAACACUGCCAACAGGAACUGUAUGCAAUGAUGCUUAGAUGUUGGGAUGAUGAUCCAGACAACAGACCGACCUUUACGAUGAUCAGUGCCGAGCUGGAAAAAUACAUCAACAAGGGAAAGGAAUUCAUAUCAAUCAAGGAUUUCCAAAGGACCGUUUAUGAAGUGGUGCUGGAACAAGGAGCAGGCGAGAAGGUGUAAGAUGGACUGGGUCGCAUUAAGAUGGAAGACAUCGGAGAAUUCUUUGAUUUAUUCAAUUGUAUACUUAUGUUAAUCAUGUUAUGUUACUGUAAAAAAAAUGUAUCCGGGAAAGGAAGAGACAACUGUCAACGUAAACAAUUAAUAUGAAAGUUGGUAUCGGGAAGUAUGUAACAGGUUGUGUGAUAGCACAGUAGUGACCGUACUUAUUAAGUUACAGUGGUGAAGGGCAAACAAAACCACAUUAAAGUUUUACGGUUUUAAUAUAUAUAAACUUACAUCUUACAAACAAACUUACAUUUCGAAUUUGAUUACUUUUUGUGAUGACACUUUUAUCAUAUUUAAAUAAUAUGUUUUUAGUUUCACUAAGCAUAACAUUUGUAAAAUAGAAGACAAAAGCUGAAUAGACAAAAAGUACAAGUGUUUGAAUAAUCUUGCAUUGUACAUAGAAGCAGUGGCAAAACAGUACUUCUUACUAUCAAUCCUACGUAUUAGAUGAAAGAACCUUUGAUUUCAAUUAGUAUUAAGUUGUACUUUUCGUUUUCUUCUAGCAUUCAGUUUUACUUUUUGAUUUCAAUUAGCGUAAACUUUUACUUUUGAUUUCAACUAGCAUUAAUUCUACUUUUUGAUUUCAAUAAGUAUUAAGUUUUACGUUUUUGUAGUUAAGAUCCAAUGUUAGUCUGACAGAACACACUGGCAGCAAUUUUCAAUAAGGUUCAGUCCCUGCUCAGAGGAAACAGAGGGUGAGAUAACGCGAUGAUAAAUAAAAUGUACAGUUAACAUUGCCAUUAAAUUACACUUUAAAAAGUGCCGUAAGAAAUGCAUGUGGUAUAUAUUUCGAUGCACCACGUAUAGCGAGAAUAUUUGUAAAAGACAGCACAGUCUUUUUUUCAAUGACAUAUUUGAAGAAUACUUUCAAGUUCUCGGUUGUACAUUUUUCGCACGAUUUCGUGAAGUUUAGAGUAAUUACACUGCCACAGUAUGCGGGCAGGAGCGAUUUUUUUCGUCAGCGGGUGAAGCGAUUUUCCUGAAUAUUCAGUAGUUUUGAUGGGAAAAUUGUGUUUAUUCAUAAAAACAAAACACUGACGUAAGCAAUAUUGUUAUAUAAUCAAGACAUAGCAUUUCAAAAAAUGGAUGUCGUUGA